UCGAUUCCCACUCAUGUGUUCUGAUGAAGAAUUCAACAAAUGUCUGCUCCUUAUCCUGUUUUAAACAAGCAUGUCCCUUGACUUGUGGAGUUUGCAUUGAAUGUUCCUCAUGCAACCAUAUUGACAGCCCAGAAUACUGCAACGUGACUAAAAUAUGUGAUCCUUACGAGAAAUGCUUCACACUUAAAACGAGAUCAACAGAAGGAACAUUUGCUUACAAUCUUGGCUGUCUUCAUCAAAUGGGAUGUACCAGAUUGCAAGAAUCCCUCCCCGCGCGUGUCUUUGGAAGAAGUGAUAUCAUUUUCAUGACAGUUCAAGGACAAUGCUGUUCAAGUAAUCUUUGCAACAAAGUCACGCCAGCCCGAUUUAUAAUGCAUAUAGCUUCAUGACAGAUUACUUUGACACAGGAUUAGUGAGCUUGAAAGAUUGGCCGAGAAUUAACUAAACAGGCCUACAUCGCAUUGCUGUUUGAAAGAAAUACUUAAAAUCAAAAAGUAUUUUGAAAAUCAUUCUGAGUACUCCCACGUGUACAAAAUAUAGUAGGAGCCUAUAGAUAAGUUAAUCAGAAAAAAGGAAAGGCACAAUUUUCCUGCAGAGAUAUAUAUAUUUCUGCAGCUUUGUAUUGAUUCGAUGUCAAUAAAACAAGAAUUUCUCUACAUUCAACAAAACUAUUUAUUUUCAAUGUUUAGUCUAUAUUGAAAACAUUAGUAUUUUUUUUAUUAAACUGUAUAAAAUAUAAAUCGCAUUUCUAAAUUUCUAAAUAUGCAAAUUUACAUGACGCUCAAUAUUACUUUACGAGUGAAAAAUAUGAGUGUCUCAUCUAUUAUAUAAUAUAAGCAAAAUUUAGUACACGUUUUUUAAUUUCGGAAAGUUGAUUUCCCUUCUUUAAACAUAUGCCAAAAUAUACGACUCAAAUUAUAAAUUUAGUUAAAAGAUCUUAAAGAAUCCGACAGUUAUAAUU